UCAAUGACUCACUAGGAGCAUUAUUUCGCAUUUCAUUUUCGAUCAUUUCUCACUCCCUCGUUGUCUGAUUCUGUUGAUUUUCUCAGCAUACAAACAACACCAGAACUACGAAGAAGAAGGGAAAAACGACGCGUAAACCCUAGAUAGGUUUAGACUCCGAAGAACCGAGCGAGCUCUCAUCAAUGGAGUCUCUCUCGCGUCCUCUUCACAGAAACCAAGCCUCCUCUGCAACUUUCUCAAAAAAACUAUCCAAUGUGAAUAGUUUCUCCGCAAAGAACGCAUACGAUGGCGUAUUCGAUGGAGCGUCGAAGUUCGGGGCUGCGACUUCAUCGACUCGAAUUGAAGACUACAGUGAGAUUUUUGGUGGCUCUCAAGCUUCGCGUGCUUCUUCGAUUCCGAUUCUUGAUCUUUCUGCUCUCGACGAAGCCAGAGUUUCGGCUGAUGCUCGGACCUCGAAUCUCGAUUACUCGAAAAUUUUCGGGGGUUUGCGUGGCGAAGACAUAGCUAUAUCGUAUGAAGAAAUGUUCGCAACACCGAAGGGAGCUAAAAGUUUCUCCGACGAAGCUAGGACUCCUGCAAAAGCAGCAUCUCCUUCUGAUGGAUCAGAUCAAUUAAAUCGUUCCAGAGAGGAAAAUUUUCAAUACGCAGCACCUAAUCAGUCAUCAGAGGGCAUGAAACAAUUUAAUAUGUCUUACCAUAAAACCAUCCAAAGGAGUGAUGACGAGACAAAUGGGACAACACAUGUAGCUCAACUCCGUGCUGUUCCUGCAUUUACUUGUUUUAUUGAUGAAAAUCAUCCUCACCGAAAGACAGAAGGAGAUAAGUCAGUACCCCCAACAAAAGUUGAUGUGAAAUCCCCACCAAAAGUGGAUGUGAAUCUCACUAAGAAACAAACUUCUGAUGAUAUAGGCAAAUUUAAGACUCAAUCUUCUUGGGAUAAAUUCAACUCAAUCAACAAGUCAUUCAGUGUGAAUGAAAACAGCCCCAAAACACAUCCCUCUAAAAAGUCAUCACCUUCAAGCCUGCCUAAGAGUGAGCCAAAGAGGUCGAUGGAUUCAAAAUUUAAGGCUCCUAAAAGUGACGCUUCCAGAGCCGGUCCUGGUGACUGUUCACCAUCAUACUCUGAUGAGGAAGUAGAUGUAAAUUCAGCAGCAGCUGCCUCUGCAGCUGCUUUGAGAAUAGCACUAGAGAAGGCUCAAGCUAGUAUAAGAAUCGCAAAAGAAUUGAUGGACCGGAAGAAGGAUGGCCCGCAAAGGUUUUCGAAGCCAAGUUCUAAGGAUGGCUUGGAUGUCAAGAAGAGAAAGGAGGAUAAAGCCACCAUAGAAGAAAACAGAACUAGAGAGAAGAAUGGUAAGGAAAUAUUUCAAAGUGCCGAUGUUGUCUUGCAAGUUUUCACUAAGUCAGAAAGGGAAAAAGCACGGAGAAGUGGCAAAGUAGCUCCUGACUUCAAAGAGAGUGAGGAAAUCUUCAUUGUUAAAGAGGUUGGUGGAGAAACGAAAGGGAACAAAUUGGAAUCGGCUGAAGAUUGUGAAGCACUGAGAAGUGGCAAAGUAGCUCCUGAAUUCAAAGAGAGUGAGGAAAUCUUCAUUGUUAAAGAGGUUGGUGGAGAAACAAAUGGGAACAAAUUAGAAUCAGCUGAAGAUUGUGAAGCACUGAGAAGUGGCAAAGUAGCUCCUGACUUUAAAGAGAACAAGGAAAUCUUUAAUGUUAAAGAGGUCGGUGGAGAAACAAAUGGGAACAAAUUGGAAUCAGCUAAAGAUUGUGAAGCACGCAGACAAUUUUCUGAAGUGGCAAACCAAGGUGAGUGCAGAACUGAAACCUUAAUGGGUGAGUGUGAAGAUGGAAUAAACAACAUUAUGCCAUCUGUAGAUACACAUAAAUGUGGAAGGAAGGAGAUGGAAACAGAGAAAGAAAUCUUGGAACAACUAGAUGGAUAUGGCAAGAAAGUGGAUGAAGAAGCUCCGAAACUGGAGGAUUUUGAAGGGAAACUAAAUGCAGUUAAAAUGGCACGAGAUUUGAAACAACCUAUUUAUAAGUUAGAUACUGCUCAAGAGGUUCAUGAGCAGGAAGAAAAUGAGAAAGCAAGAGUUGCCCAAGGGGAUGAAGAAACUGAGGAGAAGCAAAAAGCUUCCUCUGGACAGGAAACAUAUGAGAAGAAACUGGAAGAGUCUCUGGAGGAAAGCGAAAAUGAGGAGUUUUUUGAGUCAGAGGAGGGGAAGGCAAAUAGUGAUGAGGAGGGACUUGAUGAUGCCCAGGAGAGCCUAGAAAAUGAGAAGAAACAAGAAGAGGUUUUUCAAAAAGAACAAAAUAAGUUGUUGAAAGAUGUUCAGGAUGAGGAAGAAAGCGUAAACAUGCUACAAAAGAUUAGUGAACAAGAGGAAAUUGCGAAGAGACUACAAGAAGCUUGUGAAUGGGUAGAUAAUGAGGAAGGCUGUGAGGUGGAAAGCAAUGAGAAGGGACAAAAUGAUGCCCACAAGGAAGAGGAUAAUGAGAAGAGUUUGCAUAUUAAUUACAACAGAGUAAGUGACGGUCCUUCUGGAGAUGAAAGUGAGGAGAAACAAGAAGAUGACAGUGAUUGGGUGGCUAAGGAGAAAAUACUGGUAGAGGCUUGUGAAUAUGAAGAAACAGAGAACAUGAAGAGGGAAACUAAAGGUAAUGCAGCGACAGAAUUAAAUCCGGAGGCUGUUUUGGAGACCAUGAAUCUUGAUGCAACUAGAGAUGCUUGCAAGCAGGAUGCUGAUGAGAGUGUGAGUAAGAGUCAAGAGGCCCAUAUACAUGACAAAAAUGACGAUGAUUUGAAUUUUGAAGAGAAUGAGAGGAUAUCAGAUGUCACUCAAUCUUCCUGUGAUUACAAAGAGGAUGAGAAUGGGUUUGGAGCAGUUGAAGUGGCACAUGAGUUGGGGGAAAAAGAGAUUUGUAAAUUGGGUGACUUAGUUGAAGAUGCUGCUGAACACAUUGAGAUUGACACUGAGAUGAAAUAUGCCACCGAGGCCCUUCUUUUUGAUGACAAUUCAGAAAACAUCGGUUCAACUGCCCCUAAUUCUGGACCUAAACAAACAUACCAAAAUGAGAAGGAAGCUGAAUUAGACUCCAAUCUGGGAAGUGGUAUUAAUAUAUCAGAGUGUGAAUCAGGAACAGGUGAGAAAAAAUUCGAGGAGGACAAAAUUGCCUCUGAUCUUGAAGAAGUCGAGAGUUUUGAUUCAGCUGAUGAGGAAAGACAAUGGGUUGAAAUGGAGGAGAAAAUAGAAGCAUCCCAACCACAUAGUGUGUUCAAAGGGGAGGGGAAAAUGAUAGGAAUAGAUGAAGAGAUUGAGACAAGCCAAAGUUUUGAGAAGAAUGAGGAGAAUCUUAAUAAAACCUUUGCAGUUGAAGAGAAGGAAGCCAAAGAAACUGCGCAAGAAGAAGUGAAGGCAGAAAAAGAAAACCUCAGCAAAAAUGACGAAGCAAACAAGAGGGAAAGAGAGCGAGAAAAAGAUAAAAGGGUUGUUGAAAGAGCAAUACGUGAAGCUCGUGAGAGGGCAUUUGCUGAAGCCCGAGAGAGGGCAGAAAGGGCUGCUGUAGAGAGAGCAACUGCCGAAGCUCGACAAAGAGUAAUGGCUGAUGCCCGAGAAAGGUUUGAGAAGUCAUCUGCUGCAGCUAAAUCAUCCGCUGAGAAAGCUUCCAUAAAAGCCAAACUUAAAGCAGAACGUGCUGCAGUAGAGAGAGCAACUGCAGAAGCUCGGGAGCGUGCCCUAGAGAAAGCAUUAUCACAGAAGGCUACUACCUCUGGGGUAAGAGAACAGGCGGAGAGAUAUGUUUCUGAGAAGUUUUCUAGUGAUUCCAGAGAUAAUGGAAUGAGGCAGAGUUUUCCUUCUUCUGAUACACAGAAAUUUGAUGGAAUUAUUGGCGAAUCAGCUCAGAGAAACAAGGCAAGGUUAGAGAGGCACCAAAGGACCAUGGAACGCGCGGCAAAAGCUCUUGCAGAAAAGAAUAAACGCGAUCUUCUUGCUCAGAAAGAGCAAGCUGAGAAAAAUAAAUUGGCAGAAACUCUGGAUGCUGAAGUUAAGAGAUGGUCAAGUGGAAAGGAAGGGAACUUGCGCGCACUGCUUUCAACACUACAAUAUAUCCUUGGGCCAGAUAGCAGUUGGCAACCUAUUUCCCUAACUGAGAUUGUUACAACCAGUGCUGUAAAGAAAGCUUACAGGAAAGCCACUCUUCAUGUUCAUCCUGAUAAGUUGCAGCAGCGGGGCGCAAGCAUUCAGCAGAAGUAUAUAUGUGAGAAGGUUUUUGAUCUUCUAAAGGCUGCUUGGAACAGGUUCAACUUCGAAGAGAGGUGACAGCAGUUUACUCUGAAGAAAGAAGGCAACAGUUUUUAGUCGAACUAGCUGCUAUUCAGAUUCAAAUCCUGUAAUUUAAUUAUUUAUUUGUUGUUAUAUAUUAUUAUGCUUUUAGGAUACAUUCAUUGUAAGCUAUUUUUUUUUUCCUUCAUAUUAGGUUCUUAGUUUUACCCGCAAAAAAGGUGGAAAAAAGAGGGAGAAGGCCUUGAGUGAUUUUAAAUGAAUGCAAUUUCCUCACCCAAAAAAAAAAAAGGGUAAAGCAAAAAAGAAAAGAAAAAGAGAAUGCAAUUGGUAGUAUAACUAUUGUCAAUUUUCUCAAAUAGUGAGGUUUAGUAAUGUCACCCUCUACCAUGUUUGAUUGUGGGAUUAGAUUGACUCAAAUUAUAUGUAGGAUAGGAUUGAAUAAUACAAUUAUUAGUGUGAUGAUAUUAAAUUAAACAUAUAAAAUAAAUUAUGUUUGUUUGUA